AUGUCCCACGGGCCUGUGCCAGUCUGGUUUAUACAAGCUGUUCCACCUGCGGUUCUUCCACAUCCGUCCGUUUCUGACGCCGUGGGCCGCUCCCCCCGCGGCCCCUGGACGCAGCACACAGCGGCCCCUGGACGUAGCACACAGCAGCCCCUGGACUCUUUGAAUGAGACGUUAGCUUCGGCUGCUUUGUUUUACUGUAGCCCCGGAAGAGGCCACAGGAGCCCGCGGGACCACAGUCACCUAACCCCGCUGAGGAACGGUACCAGGCUGGCGCAGAUCGUGAGUUGCCCGUGGAUCAUGCGCGACACUGGGGGGAGUCUUGCCCAGAACCGGUGGCAGGGAGACCUGGGGCUGACGGCGGUGGGUCAGGACGACACCGGGGGAGGUGGGAUCCCCGCGGACCACCUCAUGGCCCCUGUGUCGGGCCACAGCAUCCCCAGCCCUAUGCACCUGAAGCUGGGGCAGAAGGAGGCGGCCUGGAUGGGAGACUACGUGGAGGACGAGGACGGAGACGAUCUCGCUAAGAUCGAGAGCAUCGAGGACGAAGACGAGAUGGAGGAGGACCGGCACGAGCAGGCGCCAUGGGACGAGGAGGACGGUCUCGUGGAGGAGGAGGAGUACCACACACACGCACAGUGGCCCAAGAUGCCCUCUCAGGCCGCUGCAUACUCACACUUUCAACAGGUCCCAGAGAAGUCGGACUGUGAAGAAGAUUAUGAAGAAGAGGAGGAGGAGGUGGAAGAAGAGGAAGAAGAGGAAGAAGAUGAGGAAGAGGAGGAGGAAGAAAACAUGGGAGAGAGUUCAGAGUCCCCCUCGGUCGCUGCCCUCUGUCCGGGUCGGUCCCUGGGCUGGACCCGCCUCAGCAGCCGUCGCAGCAUAGGUUUGGUGGGACAGUGGCGCCGCUGGAGACACCGAGCCCAGUGGAUGAACAAGUGGAGGAGAGGGAGAGUACGACACAGUCUCUACAGCCAGCCCAAGAGGAGCUACAGGGGGGAGGCCCGGGGGUCCACAGAGGCACACAGAGAGCUGGAGGUGGGGCCAGAGGGAAGGGACAGAGGCCAGAGUCUGUCAGAGAGACCACUGCAGCCGGCUCUCACAGAGGAGCACGUCAGCUGUGUCACAGGCUUCCUGGAGGAGUCCCUGCAGCAGUACGGCAGUUUGAUCCCGGUCCAUGUGGACGACGUCACAGAGAGACUGCAGAACGUGUUCAGCGAGAGCUUCUCCCAACCACACAGGAAGGCCCUGAUGCAGCACCUGGUACAGUCCUUCCAGCGUUCCUCUGGUAGCUCUCUGGCCAAAGGCUUCAGGGUCAACUACAAACGCCACGUUCUGACCAUGGACGACCUGGGCACACUGUACGGACAGAACUGGCUCAACGACCAGAUUAUGAACAUGUACGGGGACUUGGUCAUGGACUCUGUACCAGAAAAGGUUCACUUUUUCAACAGCUUUUUCUACGACAAACUACGAACGAAAGGAUACGACGGCGUGAAGCGGUGGACCAAGAACGUGGACAUCUUUGGUAAGGACCUGCUGCUGAUCCCCAUCCACCUGGAGGUUCACUGGUCUCUGGUCAGUGUCGACAUCCGCCGCCGAGCGAUCACGUACUUCGACUCCCAGCGGACGCUCAACCGCCGCUGCCCAAAGCAUAUUUUUAAAUAUCUCCAAGCCGAGGCAAUCAAGAAAGAUCGACAAGACUUUUUGGACGGAUGGAAAGGCUAUUUCAAAAUGAAUGUGGGUCGGCAGAACAACGACAGCGACUGCGGGGCCUUCGUGCUGCAGUACUGUAAGUGUUUGGCCCUUGGAGAGGCGUUCACCUUCGGGCAGCUGGACAUGCCCCGUCUGAGGAGACAAAUGUACAAAGAACUGUGUCACUGCAAACUCAUCCUGUGA